AUGCCAUCCCACCUCACUCGCCACAUUUUUCGCCGAAUCCUGGCCAACGAGCCCAUCCUGCAUGGAGAAUGCAUUCGACAGCGAGCAUGCAGCACUGCGAGUCCAUCGCUGCGUCUGUCCAGGAGACAAAAUGCAGCACAUGGACCCGCGCAACAGCAACGAACGUUCCUCAACUUCAACAUGUUUGGGAAGAAGAAGCGGGAUGUGAAAGAGGCAGAUUUGGAUCCGGGCAUUGAAGUCAUGAUGCAUUAUACCAAGAUGGAGAGGAUGAGGGCGCGUCUGCCGCCCGUAGAAGAAGUAGCGGAGGCAUUGAGAGCCUUCUUCAAAUCCAAGACCGAUCGGAACCAACCCAUUGAGGACACACAGGCUCAGCUCGCUGUUCAGAGCUUUCGAUACUAUCUCAAUGGUCGGUCCACUGAUGAUGACCCGGAUAGCCUGUCUGGGAGAGGACUCGUGAAUCAGAAACUCAUGAAGGAUGCUACGAGGGCCUUGCGGCGUACUCUGAAGGCAACUCCCAGUCAUGUUGCUCUGGGCAAGGAGCUCUACCAUGCAUAUGCUCACGCGCUCCCGCUUUCGAAUCAUCACAUGGCUCGAAAAACGCUCGGAGCAUACGUUCACGUACUCAGCCAAGCCGGUAAUGUCCAAAGUGCGCUGGACGUACUUGUGCAGUAUGAAAACCGCAUAGCAUCGAGGAAUACUAGCAACCAAGAGAAUGAGUAUGAUGAGGAUGAGGAGGAAGCAGUUCAUACACGCGGGGCAACGCCGACGAGCACUACGUCAACAGACCUAGCUAUAGCUAGAGCAUGGCGUACUCUACUUCGGGGCGUUGCUGAUGUGGGCGACGAGGACCAGCUAAUUCGAACAUUGGAUAUGCUACGCUCUCGUGGUUAUGCUGAACACAGCGGGAUACCGUUCUCAAUGCUCCAAUUCUACGUGCGCACUGAUGACACGGAGGCUGUAAAAUACUGGUUCGAGCAAUGCUGGCAAGCCAAGAACAGACCCACGACCGCAGGCGAUAUUUCGUAUCUCGCGUAUACUCUGCGAUGCACUCUUGGCUAUUACCUGGAUCGCCAGAAGCUCGAGUAUGGCCAUCAGAUUGUCAGGCAGGUGAUGGCGGAGAAUCCUCCAAAGCCAGUGUGGGAUGCCAUAUUCGUCUGGGCAGCUGGCACAGGGAAGGGUGCCGAUGAGAUUGGGCGCAUGUUUACGGUGAUGGAGUCCUCGAACGAGGGUAUCGUUGAGCAAGAUCAAUGGAGGCUGCCUGACAUCACUACCAUCAACGGCUUGGUGGAGUUUGCCACCUCGAGGAAUGACCCAUACCUUGCCGAACGCUUUAUUGCACUGGGCAAGGAACGCGGCAUUCAGCCAGAUGCCACCACCUACGUCCUGCAAAUGAAGUACAGGUUGAAAGUUAAUGAUGUUGAUGGCGCGCUCAUUGCCUACAAAAAUCUGCAAUCCAUGGAUCUGUCUACGAACGAAGAUGUUCCGGCCGUGAAUCAGCUCGUGGUAGCUCUUUGCAGCAGCAAGCGACACGACUUCGACACCAUCAUGAACGUCGUCGCUGACCUGGCGGACCGGAGAGCUCGAUUCGAACCCCUGACGGUAUCGACGUUGAGCUUGUUACACCUCAGUCGAGACGAAGUGCACGAUGUCAUCGACUUGCUCAAUACACACUCAUACCGAUUCUCUUCGACUGAAAGAGAAGCUAUUCGAACCAAGAUAGUCGACUAUUGCCUCGACAAGGCAACACCUGUCUCAAGGUCCUGGGACGGAUAUACCAUCCUUCGCAGCAUCUUUGACGAAAUGCCACGAACUCAGCGCACCGAACUCAUGGUGUCCUUCUUCGAACGUCAACGACCGGACAUGGCAGCCAAUGUCUUCCAGGGUAUGCGGACACAUUCUCGCCCCGACACUAUUCCAACCGUGGACACCUAUGUUGCGGCGUUCCUUGGUUCGGCCAAACUUCGAGAUCUGGAAAGCUUGGAGAUAAUUCACAACCAGCUCAAGCUUGAUUUCAACAUAGACACCACCACGUACCUCUAUAAUGCUUUGAUCAUUGGCUACACCGCUUGCGGUAAGCCUAGACGAGCACUCGACUUUUGGGAAGACAUCGUCGCCAGCAAGGAAGGUCCGACAUACAACAGUAUACAUAUCGCACUGCGAGCAUGUGAGAAGGCUCCAUUCGGAGAUUUGAAAGCGCAAGAAAUGUGGGCAAAGCUCAAGAGGCAGAAUGUGGAGCUUGACCAAAGCUUGUGGGCCAGCUAUGUUGCAGCGCUAGCUGGAAACGGCGAUAACGAACUGGCCAUCACGACCAUCGAGAAGGCAGAUCAGAACAACGAGGUCGAGGUCGAUGCUUUCCUUCUCGGUAGCCUCUUCGGUGGAUCUUCCGGCCAAGACCCUCAAGCUGAGAUCGAGUCGUGGGCAAAGGAGAAGUAUCCUCAUGUGUGGGCUGAGCUUGAGAAGGUGCCAAUGGAUACUAGGGAAGAUGGGAUGAGGUACUUUAGGAUUGAUCGCAGUGUCACGCCUUGA